AUGCUGACUUGUCUAGGUUACUAUUACCUUGUCGAUGCCAGUUAUCCGAAUAGUGGAGGAUUUCUUGCGCCUUUUAGAGGCCAACGUUAUCAUUUAAAGGAAUGGGGGCAAGGUCGUUUAGAACCAAGGACAGCUGAAGAACUAUUCAAUAUGAAACAUUGUAGGGCUAGGAAUGUGAUUGAACGCGUUUUUGGAUUGUUGAAAAUGAUAUGGGCAAUACUUCGGAGUCCUUCAUGGAGAGAAAUGCCUAUGGAUGAAUUUCUAGAGGAAGACAAUUAUGAAGAUGGACCAGUUAAUUUAGUUUCUCCUCAAGAAAGUCGAAUGAUAGAAUUUGUUGAUUCCUCAGAUUAUUGGGCUUUUCAGAGGAAAGAGUUAGCUGAUCAAAUGAAAUUAAUGGCACCUCAUCGGAGUUGGGUAGAAGCUGAAGAUAACGUAUUGGUUGAUAUAUUGACGAAACUUACGCUCGAUGGCAAGUGGAAAAGUGAUACCGGAUUUAAAUCGGGCUACUUGAAAGUUAUUGAGCAGAAACUAACUGAGAAACUACCAACUUGUGGGUUAACUACUACCAACAUCGAUUCUAGAAUCAAGACUUUGAAGAAACAUGCGAUGGCCAUCAAUGAAAUGGUAACUAUUGGCAGUGGGUUUGAAUUUGAUUAUAUCAACAACAAGCUUGUGUGCGAAAAAAGUUUAUUUGAUGAUUGGGCUAAGUCUCAUACAAAUGCAAAGGGACUGUAUGGGAAAGCAUUCCCUCAUUUAGAUGCAUUAGUUGAGAUAUUUGCUGAAGAUAGGGCAAAUGGUAAAGGGGCUGCUUCACUUGCUGAAGAGCUAGAAGAGAUCGAGAAAGAAGGCGAACAAGAAAAGGAAGAAGAAAAUGAUCAACAACAAAGUAAUCAGUCCGAGUCAAACAGUGGUAAAGGUAGAAGGAAAAGGGUACGUUCAUCAUCCUUUGACAUUGUAUCGGGUGAAUCAAGUGGAGAUUCAAAUGGCCUUAGUUUGAUGGCUAAUUCGUUUAGCAAAUUUGUUACGGGUACACUUGAUCACUUUGAAGCGGUUCGUGUGUCCCUUACUCAAGAAGACGAUGUCAAUAAACGCUUGUUUGAGGAGUUGAAUAAGAUAGAUGGCCUCACUGAAGAUGAGGUGAUAGAUGCCGCAUCUAUUAUUCUCGAUUCAUCUACAAAAACAAAGGUUUUCUUCGGCAUGGGGGAAGAAAAACGAUCCAACUAUGUGAAGAACAAGAUUCUUAAGUAA